CUGUUUUCUCUCUCUCUUUUACCAACACAAUGUCGAAAGUGGCGCGCCAAGCCAGCAACUCGUCGAGCUACUCGGAUGACAACUACUCUGACGACGCGUUCGACGACGACGACAACGACGACGACGACGACUAUGCGAUGGACAUUGAGGCCGACGAUGAGCCCAGCAAAGCCAAGGACGAGGGAUUCCACUCGGAAGUCCUGAUGCCAAAGGACAUUAUCAGCACACAGAUUCAAGCCAUCGAGGACGUCAAUAACAUCUUUCAGAUUCCACCAUCAACGGCGCGGAUCCUGCUGCAGUUCUUUGGCUGGGACAAGGAGCGACUUGUCGAGAGAUACUAUGACGGUGAUCAAGAUCGUCUGUUUGAGGAAGCACACAUUAUCAACCCACACAAGCUGCCUCGACAGGAUUCAAAUACAGAGCACAAGGAAAUGACUUGCGAGAUUUGCUACGUGGACUACCCGCGCAAAGACAUGACCGGAUUGCCAUGCAACCAUCGGUUUUGUCGACACUGCUGGGUGUCCUAUCUGCAGUCCAAGAUUAUGGAUGAGGGAACGGGCGAGAAGAUCACCUGUCCUGCGCACCAGUGCCCAAUCGUUGCCGACGAGGUGACCAUCAGCCACCUUCUCCAGGGGCACCCGGAGAUUCAGGCUCGCUACGAAUUUUUCGUUGCCAAGGCUUUCGUGCAGGGAAACAAACUCGUCAAGUGGUGCCCCGCCCCUGGCUGCGAAAACGCAGUGCGUGUUAAUACUGUAGAAGCCCGACCGGUCAAGUGCAAGUGCGGGCACGCGUGGUGCUUUGGAUGCCAGCAACCCACGCACGAGCCCGUUCACUGCCCCACACUCAAAGCAUGGCUCAAGAAGUGCGCCGACGACUCGGAGACUGCAAACUGGAUUUCAGCCAACACGAAAGAGUGCCCGCGAUGCAAGACGACCAUUGAGAAGAACGGCGGCUGCAACCACAUCACCUGCCGCUCGCUCAACUGCAAGUACGAAUUUUGCUGGUCUUGCCUCGGCGCCUGGGAACCACACGGCGCGAGCUGGUACAACUGCAGCCGCUUUGACGAGAAGGACAGCAUGCAAGCGCGCGAUCAGCACUCGCGCUCGCGCGUCUCGCUCGAGCGAUAUCUCCACUACUACAACCGGUACCACAACCACGAGCAGAGCCAAAAGUUUGAGCAGCAGCUCUUCGCCAAGGUAGACAAGAAGAUGGAGGAGUUCCAGCAGCGCGGCAUGUCGUGGAUUGAAGUCCAGUUCCUCAAGAAGGCCGUCGAAGUCUUGUGCUUGUGUCGCCAAACGCUCAAGUACACGUACGUCUUUGGCUUUUAUCUGCGAAAGAACAACCAAGCAGUCAUUUUUGAAGACAACCAGAAGGAUCUUGAAAUGGCUGUCGAGACGUUGUCGCAGUAUCUCGAGCAAGACAUGGACAGCGCAACUGGAUCAGCUUCUUCGUCUUCGUCUUCUUCAUCUUCGUCGUCGUCAUCUUCUUCAUCUUCGGCUGCUACCACCGCACAGGCCACCAGCAACCCCACUGUUCUUGCCGACAUUAAGCAACGGGUUUUGGACAAGUCCCAGUAUUGCGAAUCUCGCCGAAAAGUGCUUCUCGACCACGUCCAGGAUGGUUACGAGCAGGGCGUGUGGGAAUUUGAUGCCGCAGGCAACUAAUCGUGCUCGAUAACUUCUGAAGAUGCUAUAGUUCUGGCGCCAUCAAAGUUGUAGAAUGACUUGGGCGGAGCGGUUUGUAUUGGUUUUUUUUCUUGCGCGCUCUUCCUGGUUUGGCCGCCCCCAUUUGUGCGAUGUGUUUUGAUUCCAGUGUGUGUGCGUGUGUGCGUAAGCGUGUGCGUAAGCGUGUAUACGAGUUUUUGAUAUUUGUUGGUCAUUUUUAAUGAAAGCAUUGAGCCA